GGCGGGGCCGGCGCGAGCGCUUCCGGUGUCUCUGGGUUCGGAAGGCGACAGCAGGCUGCUUGUUUGGAAUUUGGAUGCUGCCGUCACAUCAUGGCGCCGCGCGGAGCCGAGGCAGCGCGCGGAGGAGGCAGCAGCAGCAGUGCUGUAGCGUCCGGGCGAAGUCAGCGUCACAGCCUCGCGCAGCGCGAGGCGGCGGUGGCAGCGCGGGGCAGCCCUGAGUUUAUGAUUAGUACAACAGGUGAUGCUGGAAUUUGUGAGAUUGGAAUGAAUACCCACAAUCAGUUGGUGAACAGCAAGUGCAUUGAACCUGACACAACUUUGCAACAUAUGCAGUCCAAUUGCAAUGACAUGGAAAGUACGGGUGCACUGGAAGACGAAGAUUAUAUCACAAAAAAUAGAAAGCCAGUGGGUUCAUCGUACUGUACUCAAGAAUCACGUGAGGAGACUCCUGGGAGAGAAGAAGCCCGUACUGAGCCACCUGAUGGCCAACAGGAUCCAGAGACUGAAAAAAACAAAGAGAAAACCUUAGGAAAAGAAGUGCUGUUGUUGAUGCAAGCCUUGAACACGCUUUCUACUCCGGAAGAAAAGUUGGCAGCGCUCUGCAAGAAAUAUGCUGAUCUUUUGGAGGAAAGCCGCAAUGUUCAAAAACAGAUGAAGAUACUGCAGAAGAAACAAGCGCAGGUUGUGAAAGAGAAAGUCCACUUGCAGAGUGAGCAUAGCAAGGCCAUUCUAGCACGCAGCAAAUUGGAAUCUCUGUGCCGGGAGCUUCAGCGUCAUAACAAGACUUUAAAGGAAGAAAACAUGCAGCAAGCGCGUGAAGAAGAGGAGAGACGUAAAGAAGCAACUGCACAUUUCCAGAUUACAUUGAAUGAAAUUCAGGCCCAGCUGGAACAGCAUGAUGUACACAAUGCCAAGCUCCGCCAAGAAAAUAUUGAAUUGGGAGAGAAGCUGAAGAAACUAAUUGAACAGUAUGCUUUGCGGGAAGAGCAUAUUGACAAAGUGUUCAAGCAUAAAGAAUUGCAGCAACAACUGGUGGAUGCCAAACUUCAGCAAACCACACAACUUAUAAAAGAAGCUGAGGAAAAACAUCAGCGAGAGAGGGAGUUUCUAUUAAAAGAAGCUACGGAGUCCAGACACAAAUGCGAGCAAAUGAAGCAGCAGGAAGCCCAACUUAAACAGCAGCUUUCUCUUUACAUGGAUAAGUUUGAAGAAUUCCAGACCACUAUGGCAAAAAGCAAUGAACUUUUUACAACCUUCAGACAAGAAAUGGAAAAGAUGACGAAGAAGAUUAAAAAACUGGAAAAAGAGACAAUAGUGUGGCGUACAAAAUGGGAAAACAACAAUAAAGCUCUUCUGCAAAUGGCUGAAGAGAAAACAGUUAGAGAUAAAGAAUACAAAGGCUUUCAAAUAAAACUGGAGCGUUUGGAGAAGCUGUGCAGGGCUCUUCAGACAGAGAGAAAUGAGCUGAAUGAGAAGGUGGAAGUCCUUAAGGAACAGGUUUCUGUAAAAGAAGCAGAUGCGGAUUUAGCAGUGCAGGUGUUGCAGACAUGCACACUCAAUUCCCAUGAGGAGUUGGGAACUUGCAUGGAUACAGAACUAGGAAUCCAACCAGAUGCUGAAUCAGGUGCAGCAAAUGAAGGAAAUGGUUCUGAAAAGACUGUCUCUGCGAGUUCUGUUCCUGUUGACUAGAAUGGAGUGUAAACACUGUAUUGAGAGAUAUAUUUUGUGUAUAAAUUUCUCUGUUGGUGGUAACUAUUGGUUUUGUGGUGAAAAUUUUCUUACUUUUUCUACCAUAUAUGUAUUUUCUUAGAACUACUGGACUUAUGUGGUACAGGAAGCUGCAUAGCGGCUUUGAAUAGCGUAAUCUAUACAUUUUCCACAACUGUGUUGCACAUCUGCCUCAUUUUUUAAAUAUAUUUUCCAUAAAGAAUGCAUGUGCAUUUUUUCUCUCAAACUCAAAUCUCACCAUGUCAGUUAAGACUUGUAAACUGAUUUAACAUUUCAUGAGAAAAAGUGACAGGAGUGUCACUUCAGUCAACAAAAGCAAAAUGUUGUUUUCAAAACAAUGAAGUAAGGUUUGGUAUACUUAUGUAAUUACCAAACUCUUCAGUAAAGUCUACAUCCCUUCAUCUAAAGGCCAGUAGGAACUUCAACUAUUUCCUUUGAUUAUAUAUGAAAAUAAGGGUCCAGAAUAUGAUCAAGAAUAUUUUACAGGGUUUUAGUAUAAUUGUGGUAUGACAAAAACAGCUUUCAAAUAUUAUACAUACUUUAAUUUGCAGCUGGUCAAACAGGGUGAACAACUUUCUUGCAAAUUUCUCAGGGUUGUGCUCUAAAGUUAAUUCACAGAAAGAGACUAUAUUUGCCCUCCCUGUGAAUGUGUUAAAUUAAACUUGCAAAGAGAGCAUACAGAAAUAAGUCUAUGUAGUGAAGUUGACGGUAGUGGAAUAUACACAACUGCAGAAGUGUUGGUCAUGUUAUGUCCCAUAAAAUGAAACCUCAGCAUUGCAGAGAAUUUAUAGUGAUUUCUGAUUAGAAUCUGGAUAUUUGUAAACGGAGUUAUUUUAGAUUUGUUGCUACUGUGGGUGCUUACCACAUGCAGUGCUUAAGACACCAGUCUUUAGUUUGGAUGUUCCUUACUUAGCACUGUAUGCAAUAUAUUUAAGGAUCUGUAAAGAAACUGUUAAUAUUUGAUCAUGUGGAUUCAAAUAUAUUCCCAGAAUAAAGCAUUCAAUGUCUCUCUCUCAACCUGAAAAGAUACUGAUCAGCAGACCGAGUACCUUGGUACCUACUGCUUAUCUGAUAAAAUUGGUAAUUCGGAGGUUGCAUAUUCAACUAAUAUGUGAUAAGUGAAAAUGUUUUUACAUUUAAAAAAUUCAGUGGACUGUAGUUGUGAGCCUUACAGUGUUUCACUUUGGGUAUCACAUUUUUAAGGGAGCUAUUCUCUGGGACAGGCUGGGACCAACAUUUAUUUUUCAUAAGGUAGGGCAUGGGCUAAGUAACCAACUACUGUUAACUUUAGCCCAUCUAUGUUCGCUUUCUAGUUUCAGUUGCUGUCACUUUUAAGAGACACAAAUGUGUAGCUUUUUCUGGUACUUAAUGAUCUUUGCACUUAACUUCAGUGGGGGGGCUUUCUGAACCAACCACAACUUUCAAUGAGCUUCCCUCCCUUGCCCCCUUUGUUCUUUUUGGCAGUUUAGUGGCUACAUUACUUGAAUGUUCAGGCUGCACUGAGCUCUUGAUCCCUUUCCUGAUUAAAUGAUGUACAUUAAAAUAAUGUAGAUGUCUUAUAAAGAGAAUAAGGUUGUAUAAAGCCUGAAAUGUGUUUUUUUUUUUUUUUUUGUUUUUUUUUUUUUUGCUCAUACCACUGAACAAAACUGUAUCAGACUGACAUUUCUUAAAUUGUGUAGCAAAUGCGUGACAAAUUGGGAACUGGCCAGUUUUUUCUCUUCAGAUUGUACAGUCUGUUUUGUAUUCAUGGUCCAUGCAUGGUGAAGUAAUGAGAAGGAAGAGGUGAGUAGUCAGGGAGGUUGGAUUCAGCUUUGAAACACGAAUCACGUUAACCACAUGGCAACAAAAAUACUGGAAAGAAGCAUCCUUCCAAAGUUGAAUCAUCAUCAUUUGUCUAACUUUGUGUGUUGUCAUAGAAUCAAAAAAAACUGUAACAAGUUUUUAACUUUCUGUGAAAACUGGUCCUCCACUAAUUGAGUGAGAAAUCAUUUUCCUGAGGGCAAGUGAAGAUCUUAAUAUAUCAAUUACAGCACAACAUACCCUUAACAAAAGGUACAGAUUUUGCAAGUAAAGUGGAAAGUGCAGUUUUCUAUUUUUAAAACUUAUUAUUUGGUCACCAGUAUCGAUAACCACAUUUUUUGUGUAAUGCUUAUUUUCUAUGUACUCGAGUGAACUUUGGACUCUGCUGCAAGGUCUGUAAAGAUAUGUGAGAUGAAUGGAAGAUCAGUACAGAUAUGUAGUUACUGCUGCCUUACAUUUGUAAAAGAAGCAGAAUGCCACCAGUGAAGAGUUUAAGGAAUCUGGGAUUUUCUUCCUAUUUAUGACCGUGAAAAGGUCACACCAUAUCACACCAUCCUUCACUAUAUUGAUGAUAGGCUGUACUUGGCUUCCUGGAAACAGUUAAUGUUAUUCCAUGCAGUGGUCAAACAGGUGUUGCUAUACAAAAUACAAAAGAUAAGCCUAGCAUUCAGUGAUCUGCCAUGCAGCAGGCUGUUGCACUGCCAUUGUACAGCCAAAUUGGCUCUAGUAGGGGUUUUUAAUGGAAACUUAUAUUGUGAAUCUUUCACUACCACAACUGUUUAAUCUGGGUUGUAAAUUUAUGUAGCCUCUGAGGUGUACAUCUAAUUGUUAGUCAGGCCCAUUAUUUUUACCAUGAUUAUGCUGCAAAAAAAGGCUGACCCAUAUACGUGUAGUAGUAUACACAGCUACGUUAAUGCUGUAUUUCUCCAAUCUGUUUUAUCCUUCCUCUAUUACACUUACACCUGGUUAUGUUACAGUUUAAUUCUCAGGUGUUGCAGAAAAUCUACCUCUUCAGACUGUAGAUGGAAAUAACUGUGAAAAAAGUGAUGCAGAAAUAUAGUUUGUGCUAAACACACUGCUUUAUUUUUACAACCAUGUCUGCUUUCAUGAGAAAAAAAUUGAUAAAUGAACAGGCAGUCUUGUUUUGCUUUUCAAAAACAUUUUGUAGGGAUUUUUCACUAAUGUGAAUCUGAAAUUUUAUCUACUCAAUUCUGUAUAGAUUAAGUAAAUAUGUAUGCUUAA